GACAACCGUGACAACAGUGACAACAGCGACAACGGUGACUACAGUGACAACGGUCACAACGGUGACAACAGUGACAACAAUGACAAUGGUGACAAACGUGACAACCAUAACAACUGUGACAACGGUGACCGCAGUGACAACGAUGACAACGGUGACAACAGUGACAACGGUGACAACAGUGACAGCGAUGACAACGGUGAAAACCGGGACAACAGUGACAACGAUGACUGCGUUGUCAACGGUGACAACAGAGACAACAGUGACAACCAUGACAACAAUGACAACCAUUACAACAGUGUUAAGAGCGACAACAAUGACAACGGUGACAAAAGUGACAUCCAUGACAGCGGUGACAACGGUGACAACGAUGACAUAGGUGACAACAGUGACAACAGUGACAACGAUGACAACGGUGACAACGAUGACAACAAAGACAACGGUGACAACCGUGACAACCGUGACAACAGUGAGAACAGUGACAACAAUGACAACGCUGACAACGGUGACAACGAUGAGAACGACGACAACGGUGAGAACGAUGACAACCGUGAAAACAGUGACAACGGUGAUAACGGUGAAAACAGUGACAACGGUGACAACAGUGACAACGCUGACAACUGUGACAACCGUGACAACUGUGACAACCGUGACAACUGUGACAACGGUGUCAACAGUGACAACGAUGACAACGAUGACAAAGGUGACAACAGUAACAACGGUAACAACGGUGAGAACGAUGACAACGGUGACAACGGUGACAACACUGACAUCAAUGACAACGGUGACAACGGCGACAACGGUGAGAACAGUGACAACGAUGACAAGGGUGACAACAGUGACAACGAUGACAACGAUGACAACGGUGACAAACCUGACAACUGUGACAACAGUGACAACGAUGAAAACGGUGAAAACGCUGACAACGAUGACAAAGAUGACAACGGUGACAACGAUGGCAACGGUGACAACAGUGACAACAAUGACAACGGUGACAAAGGUUAAAACAGUGACAACAAUAACAACGGUGGCAAAGGAGACAGCAAUGACAACGAUGACAAGAGUGACAACGGUGACAACGAUGACAACAGUGACAACCACGACAAGUGUGACAACGGUGACAAAAGUGACAACAGUGACAACGCCGACAACGGUGACAACGGUGACAACACGACAACAGUGACAACGGUGACAACAGUGCCAACGGUGCCUAGUUACCGGUGACAACAGAGACAACAGCGACAACCAUGACAACAGUGACAACCAUUACAACAGUGACAACAGCGACAAUGAUGGCAACGGGGACAAAAGUGACAUCGAUGACAGGAAUGACAACGGUGACAACGAUGACAACAGUGACAACGAUGGCAACGGUAACAACGGGGACAACGGUGACAACCGUGACAACAGUGACAACAGUGACAACGGUGACAACGCUGACAACGGUGACAACAGUGACAACGGUGACAACCAUGACAAGCUGAACAACUGUGACAACAGUGACAACAGUGACAACGAUAACAACGGUGACAACGGUGACAACAAGGACAAGGACGACAACGGUGACAAGGAUGACAACCGUGACAACUGUGACAACUGUGACAAUGGUGACAACACUGACAACAGUGACGACGAUGACAACGAUGACAACGGUGACAACAGAGACAACGAUGACAACGGUGACAACAAUGACAACGGUGACAACUGUGACAACGACAACAACAGUGACAACAGUGACAACAGUGACAACAGUGACAACGAUGAUAACGAUGACAACCGUGAACAAGGUGAUAACAGUGACAAAGGUGAACACAGUGACACCGGUGACAACAGUGACAACCAUGACAACAGUGAGAAACGUGACAUUAGUGAAAACUGCGACAUCCGUGAGAACCGUGACAACGGAGACAACCCUGACAACGGUGACAACUGUGACAACGGUGACAACAGUGACAAUGAUGACAACAAUGACAACAGUGACAAAGGUGACAACGAUGACAACGGUGACAACAGUGACAACGGUGACAACUGUGAAAACUGUGAUAACUGUGACAACGGUGACAACAGUGAACAGUGACAACGAUGACAACGGUGAAAACGGUGACAACGGUGACAACUGUGAGAACGACGACAACAGUGACAACAGUGAUAACGGUGACAUUAAUUUCAACGGUGACAAUAGUGACAACAGUGAGAACGGUGACAACGGUGGCAACAAUGAAAACAGUGACAACGAUGACAACGGAUACAACGGUGGCAACAGUAACAACAGUGACAACGGUGACAACAAUUACAACGGUGACAACGGUGACAACUAUAACAACGGUGACAACAGUGUCACCAUGACAAUGGUGAUAAAGGUGACAACAGUGACAAUAAUGACAACGGUGACAACGGUGACAAACCUGAUAACUGUGACAACAGUGACAACGAUGAAAACGGUGAAAACGCUGGCAACGAUGACAAAGAUGACAACGGUGACAACGAUGGCAACGGUCACAACAGUGACAACAAUAACAACGGUGGCAAAGGUGACAGCAAUGACAACGAUGACAACAUUUACAACGGUGACAACGGUGACAACAGUGACAACAGUGUCAGUGAUGACAAUGGUGACAACCAUGACAAC